UGCGCAGGACUGAGGCAGUUGGUUCGCUCCAGUGUGUCUGAGAGCCCCGAGUGCUAUGUGGGGCUGUUAUUUAGGUCUGUUACAACACGCUAGGAGCAGCUCACCCCGAGCAACCAGCACCGCAGAUCAGCCGGAGAGGGAAAGAGAAACAAGCAGCGUGACAGAGAGAGGAAACGCUUACAAGAGCAAAACCAGCGGGAUCAGGCAGCACGUAUAUCCUGACUAGAGGAAUUCCAGCAGGGGAUUUAGCGCUGUUGUAGCUGCUGGUGUUGUUAUUGUUUUUUUUUUGGUGACGCGAGGCGGGUGGGCAACGGGGACACAGCAUGUUCGACUGUAUGGAGGCUCUGGGCAUGGGUCCCCGCCAACUCUACGAUGUCACCAACCGGGGUGCAUGCAUGCUUCGGAAGGCGAGCCCCUUCUAUGCAGGACUGGACCCUUUUGCUUGGACGGGGACGGCCAGCGUACGCUCUGUGGAGACCCAGAGCACCAGUUCGGAGGAGAUGGUGCCUAGUUCCCCUUCUCCACCACCUCCACCCCGUGUUUACAAGCCCUGUUUCGUCUGCCAGGACAAGUCUUCCGGGUACCACUAUGGUGUCAGUUCUUGUGAGGGCUGCAAGGGUUUCUUCCGUCGCAGUAUUCAGAAGAACAUGGUUUACACCUGCCACCGUGACAAGAACUGCCAGAUCAACAAGGUCACACGCAACCGUUGCCAGUACUGCCGGCUGCAGAAGUGCUUCGAGGUUGGCAUGUCCAAGGAAGCUGUGCGCAACGAUCGAAAUAAGAAAAAGAAGGAUGUGAAGGAUGAGGUUGUUCCACCAGAGUGCUAUGAGCUGAGUGGGGAACUAGAGGAGCUGGUCAACAAAGUGAGCAAAGCACAUCAAGAGACCUUCCCUUCACUCUGCCAGCUGGGAAAAUACACCACGAACUCAAGCUCAGACCACCGGGUUCAGCUGGACCUGGGUCUAUGGGACAAAUUUAGUGAGCUCUCCACCAAGUGCAUCAUUAAAAUUGUCGAAUUUGCCAAACGCCUUCCGGGCUUCACCACCCUCACCAUCGCAGAUCAGAUCACCCUCCUUAAAUCAGCCUGCUUGGACAUUCUAAUGCUGCGAAUCUGCACGCGAUACACACCUGAGCAGGACACAAUGACUUUUUCAGAUGGACUGACCCUCAACCGGACUCAGAUGCAUAAUGCUGGUUUCGGUCCGCUCACUGACCUGGUGUUUGCCUUUGCUGGUCAGCUUCUGCCCCUUGAGAUGGAUGAUACAGAGACUGGCCUCCUCAGUGCCAUCUGCCUCAUUUGUGGAGACCGAAUGGAUCUUGAGGAGCCUGAGCGUGUAGAUCGUCUGCAGGAGCCACUUCUGGAAGCUCUGAAGAUUUAUGCACGCCGCCGCCGACCCAACAAACCUCACAUGUUCCCUCGCAUGUUGAUGAAGAUCACUGACCUACGUGGCAUCAGCACCAAGGGAGCAGAAAGGGCCAUAACUCUAAAGAUGGAGAUCCCAGGCCCCAUGCCUCCUCUCAUCCGGGAGAUGCUGGAAAACCCAGAGGCCUUCGAGGAUCAGGCCGAGUCCACAGAGAAGAAGCCCGAGCCCGAGCCCGAGCCCGAACAGCCCACUCCUCCGCCGGCCCUGCUCACUGUGAAGAAAGAGCAGGAGGACGAGUACGACAGCUGGGCCACGGAGAAUGGCAGCGAGCCUUCACCAGAGGAGGAGGACGACGAUGACGAUGACGGAGAGGAGGAGAGGGGUACAGACAGCGACGGAGAAGCCUGGGGUGGCCAUGAACCCAAUGCGGAUGUGUCGAGAAAGAGCCAUGGAGGAAGAGCUCAGUGAGGAAGCGUUCUUCUUCCAGCCUUACCUGUACAGACACUCCUAACUCAGGCCACUUGGUCAAUGAUGAGAGACAUCAGUGAGUCGAUCUGAGGAAACUCACGUAAAAAACCUCUUCUCAGGACCUCUCCCGCAGAAUGAGAGGGAAGGCGAAAGAAAAAACAGCUGGCUUUUCAUACAAAAUAACAUCGCUUUUAUAAAACUUGUUUACUUUGAAAAGGAGAAGCCAAAUGGACUUAUACCAUUAACAGCUGACUGUCAACGGGUUCAAAAAAGUCUUUCAAAAGAAAAUACAGGAUGAAAACUGAAAAUGCUAAUCUUUUUCUGUUGUCGUUGACGCCUUCGAAUAUCAUUUGGACUUUUCCAGCCUUGAGAUAGUUUGUUCUCUUUACAUUUUAUGAAUAAGCCCAUACAUAUCUAUAUAUACUUUUAUAUGUUUUGUUGUCCUGUAUACUAUUUUCUUAGUUAUAUUUUGUUUGGAUAGCUUUCCUUGUCAGACUUACAGAAAGAUAAUCGGAUUGCUAUAACUGGCACACUUCUGCUGAGUCUUUAUCCAGCUGCUUGGUUGGGUUCUUGGGCACUUUGGCUCAGCGUUAGAUGUCAUUGAUAAUCAGUUCAGUGGCUGGGUAUCUCCCGUCGAAUGAUCCGUGUUUUUAGGGGAAUGCCAUUACGUAUCGGCUUUCAUUGCGUCACAUGAUUCUCUGCCAAUUGAAUGGUGUCUGUGCCAAAGUUUGCAGCUUGUAGGGUUCAACUCCUGUCAGGGAGCCCAGCUCCAAACAGAAACACCCACAUGUCCAUUACCUUCAAGUCUCUGCAUCAUGCAUAUGAUGUCAUACUGGACCGGUUUCAUUCAGAGUGCUCAGGCAGAAGUUAUGCAGCACUCGAGUGGAAUUAACUUUGACCUCAUUGGCCUAGACGGUUCUUCAGGAUAACUACACAAAUGCAUCUGGAUGAAUUUUCUGAAUCUCAUGUAUCACAAUGAAAUACAGGAAUGCAGACCCGUGCUGACACACAAACACACACACACACAUUUUAAAAAGCAUGCUACAUCAGACUCAGGGCAUCUCUGUAAGGACCAAACGCUUUCUGUCUGGAUGCAGCCUAGAAACAGGCAAUAUUUAUGUGUUACCUUUCAGAAAUCUCGCCGUGACACCAUGAACUGAAGUAAAUCUGCGUAUCUUACACAGAACUUCAUUGCAGAACUUUCAUCUUCGUUAUAGAAAUAGAGUUCUUUUUCUAAUGUUACCUAAUCCAUUUUAUUGCCAAAAACACACAGUAUGCAAUUUGGUGGUCGUGUGCCACUGAACAUUAAAAGGUAUCAGUCUCAAGUCAAGCAAUACAACUAUGACCAGAAUUCAGCUGUGUGUGUGGAUGUGCGUGUGUGUGUGUUUGUGUGUUGAAUGUGAGGAUGGCUGCACUCAAUAAGCUGUAGUGUAGUACUUUGUUAAACGAAUGUCAUCAAUGUGGUGCUGUCAGAGAGUGUGUGAGCUGUCAUACUGACCUCUUCUCCUUCAGAGUUGCGCCACAGCCACAUGUAUAGCAAGUGGAAUGUUGAGAUUACUUUUAACUCUUCGUCAUAUUUUUCUUGUUCUCUAAACUUGGCUAAUGUAUUGUCAGUCCUUUGUUCGUUUUCAACAAAUUCUGUUAUAUAAAAAGCCAUAUAAACAAUAAGAGGCACAAUAAACUUUUUUUUGAGAA